AUGAAUCGAAAAGAGGCAGUUAAAUCAUCUUCGGGGUCAAGGGGGUGCAAAAUCCCGACUAAAGAACUGACUGAAGGAACGCCUGAAUCGAAGCUCAAAGGUCGUGGUCGCGGACGUACUAAAUCUACGGAAGAAUCGGUUGUAACUGCCACACAACGAGUCAAUUUCUUUUCCUUUCUUCCUUCGUUUCUCGCACAAUCUAUAGCCUCAUAUGUUAAUGUGAGGGCCGAUGGUAAUUGUGGGUACCGAUGCAUUGCCGAAAUUAUUUAUGGAAGUCAAGAAAUAUGGACACAACUAAGAACAGACUUGGUUGCAGAGUUUAUGGAGCGUCAUCAUUUAUAUGCUGAUAUGUUUAGUGGAGAUGAAGAGGGUUGUAAUGCAGUCACUGAUCAUAUUCUGACAAGCAGUCAUGAAAGCGGGCAUGCGCCACGGACCAAAUGGACAUCAACAUAUAUGGGACUGGCAAUUGCUACGAGAUACAACGCAAUGGUGCUAAUAUUCAUUGAGUUCGGUAGUUUUACUUAUCUACCUCUAGUUGGGAAUCCCGCGUUAUCAAAUAUUAUUCCUAUGUCGUUACAUAAAUAUCAUUUCAUGAUUCUUCGAGUACCGAUUUACUGCCCUCUACCUCGUCUCCAUCCUCAGUUGAGGUAUUACGCAGCUCCCAAUUUACUCGCCUUACAAGAUUUUUACGCUGAUCGACUAGCUUUGUGGAUGACGUUAAGUACUAGGCAUAGGUAG